AUGACGACAACAAGUCUUGAGCCAAUUGUUUCAACACCAUACACUCCAUCCUCUAAACACUCGUCAAUAUGUACAUCAUCUCCAUCACCUUUACGUAGUCCUGAUGAUGUUGAUGCAGAGGAAUUAACAGCACUUCUUAAAGCAAUUAAAUUUGCUCAUCCGGAUUUUGGUGUAAAACGUGUUCAUGAUCAAGUAGUAUCACAUGGUGGUAAAUUUGCACGUGUUCCAUUGAAACGUGUCAAACGAUAUUUACAUAAAUUAGGUAUUAAUUCUCCUUGCAAGGACGAGAAUUCGACUCCAUGUUUUCAACUGAUGACAAUUGGGGGGGAUUUCUAA